CGAACUGAAGCAUGUGUCGCAGUUGAACUUGCGACGGCAAGAGUCAGAGUUCGAUACCGAAGGAAGAGGAAGAGGAAGAGGAAGAGGAAGAGACAGAGACAGAAAGAAGAUACAAAGAUGGCAACCUUAACCUCAACCUGGUCUGGACAACAGCUAAGUUGGAUGCUGUUGAUCUUGACGGGCAUCGCACUGACUCAGCAGGCGGCCAUCGAUAAAGCGAAUUUCUAUACGGCCGGCGUUGUGGAAUUUCGCAGGGCAAACGAUGAUGAUUGGCGAAAUAAUUACGAUGGUUAUGUGGAGAUUAUAAACUCAGAAAAUGCGAAAGCUACAGAUAUUAUAGUAUUCCCGGAAGCGACACUAAAUGGUCUCAACUCAACCAGUUUUGUGCCGGAUCCGGAAAAGAAUAUAAAUCCCUGUUUAGAGGAUGCCGAAUUUAAUUAUUAUGCCGAAUUUCUGGUCAAAUUAUCGUGUGCUGCCCGCAAUGUUAGCAAAUAUAUAGUGAUCAAUUUGAGUGAGCGACAACUCUGCUCCGAUACUCCGGAGGAUACGCGUCCUUGUGCCCCGAAUGGAUUCAAUGUCUUCAACACGAAUGUCGUCUUUGAUCGCAAUGGAACUGUCGUCUCACGUUAUCGCAAGGUUAAUCUCUAUGAUGAGCCAAGAAAUACCACGUUUAUUCCUGAGAGCAUCAGCUUCGAGACGGACUUCAAUGUGACCUUUGGUCACAUCAUUUGCUUCGACAUCCUCUUCUAUAAGCCCGGUCAUGAGCUCAUUAUGGACAAGGGUAUUCGCAACUUUGUUUAUCCCUCCAUGUGGUUCUCCCAGUUGCCGUUUUUAACAGCUGUUCAAACGCAACUGGGUUGGGCCUACGGCAACAAUGUGAAUCUUCUGGCAGCAGGAGCGAGUCGCCCCGAGGUCGGUUCAACUGGCACGGGAAUCUUUCGUGGACGUGAUGGAACCAUCGUCAGUACAAUGCAAGCUGGAGAGGGAGAGCGACGUCUGUACGUGGCACAGGUGCCAAAAUACGAUGAGAGCAGUAAGAUAAGUUCAAAAUCAAUUGGAAAACCGUUGAAGAAGACACAAAAAACCGUAAACAGUCAAGAAUUGAAAAUGAAACGCGAUAAUCUCGAGUUAUAUGAAACAGUUUCUUUGGAUAUGCUAAUGGAUCAAGCUGAAGACUCCAGUCUGAAUAAGGAGGUUUGUCAUGGCCAGAUCUGCUGUCAAUUUGAGCUCGAAUGGAAUUUAAUUGGCCAAGAGCCAAUUGCCAAUAACAGCUACUACAAUUAUCGAUUGGCAGCUUACGAUGGCUGGCGAGAUGAAAAAUAUGGGAAUCUGAAUUAUGUGAGAAAUUGUGGCAUUUUUGCCUGCAAUGGACCCAACUUGGCGGAUUGUGGCAAGUUGGUUGAUAAGCUGCAACCACGUGUGGCAUUCAAACGCCUGAUAAUCGAGGCAACUUAUCCCAAGUCAAAGGAAUUUCUAUUUAUGCCCAACAGCGUGUUGGACAAUUUGUUGCCUUUGGAACCAAAUCAGUUUGAAUGGUCUAUUGAGGAGCUAAAAGAUGAGAAUGAGCAGAAGGUGCGUUUUGCUUUGGCGAAAUCUUUGGAACUACAGAAUCUUUUGACAUUUGCCAUCUAUGGCAAUUAUUAUGAUGAUCAAUGCACUUUUGGAAAGGGCACACCGGAACAGGAUCGCGAGUGCGGCUGGAAGCCAAAGGGAGACGGUGCUUCGGGUCUACGUUUCUCCAGCUUCUUUCUGCUGACAUUGUCACUAACUCUGACAAUUCUAUUUAAACAACACUAGC